UAAAGACCCCCUGUUCCUGCACGCAUGUGAAUUGUGGUGUUAAUUUCAUUUCGUUACAAAUAUGCAAACUUUACGCGAAUUUACGCGUAAAACCAAACGCGGCAACAUCUUGAAGAUUGUGCGAGAGCAUUAUCUACGCGAUGACAUCAGCUGCGGCUCAGAUCUGUGUCAGUAUUGCUUCCAGAAUGAGGUAUACGAAUUGACAUCGGGGCACGACAUCAAAAGCAGCCUCUUCAAAUUUCCACACUACAUUGUAUUGGACACCAAUGUGGUCUUAGAUCAAAUCGAUGUACUCGAGGAGGAUGUACUCCACAAUGUAAUCGUGCUCACCACGGUGCUGAACGAAGUGAAACACAAGAGCUCGUCCAUCUACAAGCGUCUCAACGAACUUAUUCACGAUCGCACGCGCAACUUUUAUGUGUUUGUCAACGAGCACCACAAAGACACCUACGCCGAUCGAGAGCCCGACGAGACCGCCAACGAUCGCAAUGAUCGCGCAAUUCGAUUGGCCACCAAAUGGUAUGAUUCCCAUCUGCAAGCCUCGCAGGACCCCAAGGUCUUUCAGCGCAGUGGACGCAGUGUCACCCGCGUUGUGCUGCUUACAGACGAUGCCGGCAACCGUGCCAAGGCAGAGGCAGAGAAUAUAUUGGUGGCUAGCGCAGCGGAGUAUGUUAAAUCGCUCGAAGACUUUCCGUUGCUGGUCGACAAGUUGUCGCUAAAGACAUUCGAGAAUGAGAAGCAAGCACUGCCCCAAUUUCCGCCUCAUCUAAGCAUGAAGGCACUGCUCGAGGGUCUGCGUCUAAAGAAAUUGCUGCAAGGCUCCUUUCAUGCAUCCAGGGAGAACUAUCUCGAAGGCAGUGUUAGUGUGGAGGGCUAUGAAACUGGUAUUUUAAUACAAGGACGCGACUCGCUUAACCGCGCCGUCGAGGGCGACCUUGUGGCUGUGGAGUUGUUGCCUGAAAGCGAAUGGUCGGCGCCCAGUGAGAUUGUGCUUGAGGAGAAGAAUGUCUAUGCCGAUGACGUGCCCAGCGAGGAGCGUGCGGAGGAAGAGAAUGAGAUGCUGCAGCAGGUGCAGACUGCACCAGUCGCAGAGCGCACACCCACAGGUCGCAUUGUGGGCAUUGUGCGUCGCAAGUGGCGUCAGUAUUGCGGCAUCUUACAGCCCAGUCUGAUUGAGGACACCACUCGGCACAUUUUUGUGCCCGCUGAUCGCAAGAUUCCACGCAUACGCAUUGAGACCCGUCAGGCGUCAAAGCUGCAGAAUCAGCGCAUCAUAGUGACCAUUGACAGUUGGCCGAGGAACUCACGUUAUCCGCAUGGGCAUUUCGUGCGUUCUUUGGGCCCCUUGGGCAACAUGGCAACUGAAAAUGAAGUGAUCUUACUGGAGCACGAUGUGCCGCACUGCAAGUUUUCCGAAGAAGUGCUCGGUUUCUUGCCGAAAAUGCCGUGGUCCAUUACAGAAGAGGAUUAUGCCAAGCGUGUGGACUUGCGUGACUUAUAUAUUUGCUCUGUGGAUCCACCCGGUUGCACGGACAUUGACGAUGCGCUACAUUGCCGCGAAUUGCCCAAUGGGAAUCUUGAGGUGGGCGUGCACAUUGCCGAUGUCAGCCAUUUUAUACGUCCUGGGAAUGCAAUGGAUAAAGAGGCUGCCGCACGUGGCACAACUGUUUAUCUAGUGGGCAAGCGCAUUGAUAUGGUGCCGGAGUUACUCAGUUCCAAUCUCUGCUCAUUGGUUGGCGGCGUCGAGCGUUUUGCCUUCUCCUGCGUUUGGGAAGUGGACAGGGAGGCGAAUAUUCUGGAUAAACGCUUUCACAAGAGCGUUAUUAAGUCCAAGCGCGCUAUGACUUAUGAGGAGGCACAGGCCCUUAUCGAUGAUCCCACACAGACUGGAGAGAUCGCCAAAUCGUUGCGUCAUCUGAAUCGUCUGGCCAAGAUACUCAAGAAGCGUCGCAUGGACAACGGCGCAUUGGUGCUGGCCUCGCCAGAGAUACGCUUCCAGGUGGACAGUGAGACGCAUGAGCCGCUGGAGGUGGAGGCCAAGCAAAUGCGUGAUACUAACUCAAUGGUGGAGGAGUUCAUGUUGUUGGCCAAUAUAACUGUGGCGCAGCACAUUGCUGACGAGUUUACCGAAUGCGCUGUGCUGCGUCGUCAUCCAAAGCCACCGUCAACCAACUUUGAUCCGCUUGUGAAGGCGGCACGUUAUCAGGGCUUUGAGGUGGUCACGGAUUCAGGUCUCGAGUUGGCGCAUUCGCUAGAUAAAUGUGUAAAGGCGGAUAAUCCGUACUUCAACACGAUGAUUCGAAUUCUAACCACACGCUGCAUGAUGCAAGCGGUGUACUUCAUCAGCGGCAGCCUGCAAAAGGAGGAGUUCUUCCAUUAUGGCCUGGCAGCAGAUAUUUAUACGCAUUUUACCUCGCCAAUUCGUCGGUACUCGGACAUCAUGGUACAUCGCCUACUGGCAGCCUCCAUUGGAGCCGACAGUACAUAUGCCCAGCUGUUGGAGCGCAAGUCUAACGAGGAGCUGUGCAAUAAUCUAAAUUAUCGUCACAAAAUGGCGCAAUACGCUGGUCGCGCAUCCGUGGCGCUUAAUACACAUAUGUUCUUCCGCGGCAAAGAGGAGGACGAGGAGGGAUAUGUUUUGUUUGUGCGCAAGAAUGCCUUACAAGUACUUAUACCCAAGUACGGCCUGGAGGGCACACUCUACCUGAAGGGCGACAAGGAUGGCAAAGAUGGUGCGGAGCGCAGUAAGAGCGAAAUCAUAUUCACAUUCAAUGAGGAGGAUCACACGCAACGAUGUGGCAGUGUGAUUUUCCAUUCCUUUGAUCCAGUCACAGUGAGACUUAGUUUGGACUCGACGAAUGUGCAGCACGAAAAGCUGGUGUUUAGAUUGGUCAAGCCAUUCAUAAAGGGUUUCAGUGUGGAGACAUCAUCGGAGGCAGUAGAGGGGAUUGCUGCACAACCACCCGCCAAGAAAUCCAAGAAGGAUAAAAAGAAGAAAUAGACACACAACUAUAUUUUAAAUCUAUAUAUUUACUACACUUUUAUAACUUCAGAAUGUCUUUAUACAAAUACAGUAAAAAGCAUUAAAUUACAUUCAUAUAUAAUACCGUUGA